GAUGUGCCUCUAGAAGCCAUCGACAUCGACAUCGCCAAGCGGAAGCAAGCUAUGGUCCUGGCUGUCUGCAUGUUGAGCCACAUAGUUACUGCGCCGUCAUGGGGUUCUUCGAUCGAUCCAAGAAGGUGAAGAAAGAUGUCCCAGGUGGCCCACCUAAAGAUCAACCACUGGCACCUAUUGAAUUCCAGGCACCACCACUGCCGCUCCGACCACAGCUCGCCGGGCCGUGGUGUGCUGCUGAUGGGGCCUCUCCAUCGUCACUCGCCCUCCAGCCGGCCAGAGCUUUGGCUCUUGCGCCAGGAUGGCAUGGUGUCCCUCCUCAACUCCCGCCCCAGUACCACCAGCAAGGCGGGCCGUAUGCCCCCAUCGUGGUGAACCAGCACUAUUACUUCUCUCCUUCGCAGCCCUUCCAACAACCUCACUGGCCCCAGAACAGCAGUGGCUCUCUAAGCAAACUAAACCUGGGAUCCGUGAUCAACUUGGCCGAAGAGCUUUGUCCCCGGACGCGCAUCCCCGAACUCUUCGAUGAUGGUCUUCCCUCGUGGCACCACUAUCGAACCCAGCUCCUCAACCAAAGCGCAGCGCUCUAUGACCAGAUCUCGAGCAGCUUCGACCAUGUUGUGACUUCGAUAGACCGGGAUCGCUAUGGUGGAAACGAGAAGAAUUCAUUCCUCUAUCAACCGAGCCUGGCGCCACCAGCAGCAGCCGGACCCCCUUUUGAAGGGGCGCCAGCAAAAAGAGGCAAGAAGGGCCAGAGCAAGAAGGGCCAGAAGGGCCAAACCAAGGCCGUAGCUGCCUUCGCUGUGUCAGACAGUUACUUCGCCAAGGUAGACCUCUAUGCAAACUCAAGGCUUCCACUUCACCUCUCUCCAUUUAAACUAUACAUCCCCACCUACCCUAUUCUGUGCCUCGCAGCGCAGUAUUCAGAACGGGUGUAUGAGAAGCCCCGAGGUGCUGAGCGAGACGCCUACGUCGACGCCGAUUGGCGCACCGGCACCAAGGCCAUGGUUAUCAAGUCUGUGCCCAUGGACCACAUGAACACCAUCGUGUUCGCCAUCCGCGGGAGUGCCACCUUUAUGGACUGGGCUGUUAAUCUCAACAUGGACCCGGCGUCUCCCACCGGCUUUCUGGACGACGCAGGCAACUUCUGCCACGCAGGCUUCCUCACAGCAGCGCGCCGCAUGAUCGGCCCCGUAGCGCGCCGCCUGCGCCAGCUGCUGGAGGAGGACCCCGGGCGCGCGGCGUCGCACUCGCUCCUGAUGACGGGCCACAGCGCCGGCGGCGCCGUCGCCGCCCUGCUGCACGCCCACAUGCUCGCCCGCUCCGCCGCCGCGUCCUCGGAGCUCAACGCCCUCGCCGCCCGCUUCCGGAGGAUCCACUGCGUCACCUUUGGCGCCCCGCCCGUCAGCCUGCUGCCGCUCGGCGCCGGCGAUCCCGACUGCGGCGGGAUGUGGCUCGGGGAGGAGGGGGCGGGGAGGAGGAAGAGGGGGAGGAAGGAUCUGUUCCUCGCGUUCGUCAACGAGGGUGAUCCCGUCGUUCGCGCUGACAAGGCGUACUUGCGGAGCCUGUUCGAGCUGUUCGCUGCGCCUGCGCCGGCACCGGCGGAGGGAGGCGAGGACGGCCGGGUAGCGGUUGACGGGGCUGGGAGUGGGAGGAGAUCAAAAACUUCGCUGGCGGCGAAGGCGGAUCGGUCGGCCAAGUCGCCGGGCAGCGGUAGCAGCAACAGCAGCAACAGCAGCAGCAGCAGGUCGAGGAAGCCCGGCCCAGCAUGGAAGGUACCCCCGUGCACGCUGAGCAACGCUGGCCGGAUCGUGGUGCUGCGCUCGGGCGACCCGAGAGCGAGGCUGGACGGCAAGAAGACGGUCGAGGAGAGGGUCAACGAGGGUGUCGUCGCCCAGGUCACGACGGAUGAGCAGCUGCGGAGUGUCAUCUGGGGCGACCCCGUCUGUCAUGUCAUGAAGCUGUAUGCGGCGAGGAUUGAGACGCUGGCCGUGGGAGCUGUCACGGCUAGGGGUUACUAAGAGGUGUCUUUUUUUUUGCGGGGGGUGGUGGGUCGGGGUAUGUCUGGGGUGAUGCUUAUGGCUUGAUGAUCUUGGAGUUAAGGGUCGGGUGAGAUACCACUGGUUCAUGGACGAAGAGAUGUAUUUGGGGGUUUCCCUUUGCUGCACUGGC